UCACGUGUGUUUUACGUCACCACAAGCCCGCCGCGAAAAAAUUUACAUUGCCCGACUACUUCACUCUGGUUAGUGAAACAUAACUAUUCCAGCAGGAAUGGAUGACGCUAGUCUUGAUAGUUUAAUCCUAAAACUCCACGACAUCCAAGCCGUGAAGUUCGGUACUUUUAAACUAAAAAGCGGGCUUUCUUCACCGAUCUAUUUUGAUCUUCGAGUAAUAGUGUCUCAUCCAGCGUUGAUGAAUCAGGUGGCUGAUCUUCUCCAUAAGCAAUCUGAGGAGGCAGGAGUGCAGUUUGACAGUGUGUGUGGAGUACCUUACACUGCUCUUCCUCUGGCCACAAUCAUCUGCUCCAGCAAACAGUAUCCCAUGCUCAUCAGACGAAAGGAGGCGAAGGACUAUGGAACGAAGCGUCUCAUCGAGGGAACUAUCCGCCCUGGUGACAGAUGUCUGAUAGUAGAGGAUGUAGUGACCAGCGGCAGCAGUGUUCUAGAAACCGCUGAGGUGCUUGAGAAAGAGGGUCUGAAGAUCACAGAUGCCGUUGUGUUAAUGGACAGAGAGCAGGGUGGCAGCACCAGGCUUGCUGACAGCGGCAUCACUCUACAUUCAGUCGUUUCUAUCUCCAGACUUCUGGAAGUGUUACUUAAAGCUGGCCGAAUUGACACGGACACCGCUCAGAGUGUCAGGAGGUUCGUUCAAAACAAUAACACCUACGUUUUAAAGAAAAAUGGCUCAUCGGCUCCUAAAAAGAGUUGUGGAGAGCUCAGCUAUGGAGCUCGGGCAGGGUUGCCAGAUACUCACCCUCUCGCUGCUCGCCUGAUGCAGAUUAUGGAGGACAAGAAAACCAACCUGUGUGUGUCGGCAGAUGUGACUCACUCCAAGGAGCUGCUGGAGAUUGCAGUAACGUUAGGCCCCCUGAUUUGUGUGUUGAAGACUCACGUGGACAUCCUGGAGGAUUUCACUGCAGAUGUCGCCAGCAAUCUGAAAGAGCUGGCGAAAAAACACAACUUUCUGAUUUUUGAGGAUCGCAAGUUUGCAGACAUUGGGAACACAGUGAAGCAUCAGUAUGAGGGGGGUGUCUAUCGGAUCUCCUCGUGGGCACACAUCAUUAAUGCCCAUGCGCUGCCUGGUCCAGGUGUGCUGCAGGGUCUGGGUGGCGUUGGCAAACCUCUGGGUCACGGCUGUUUACUCAUUGCUCAGAUGAGCUCUCAGGGUUCCCUCGCAACAGGAGAUUACACUCAAGCUGUGGUCAAGAUGGCUGAAGACUAUUCUGAUUUUGUGUUUGGAUUUAUAAGUGGAUCAAAUAUCAGUGAAAAGCCUGGUAUGGUUCACAUGACCCCAGGAGUGCAAAUGCAGACAGGAGGAGAUGGGCUUGGGCAGCAGUAUUCGAGUCCAGAAGAUGUGAUCUGCACUAAAGGCUCUGAUAUCAUCAUUGUGGGACGAGGUAUUCUAGGUAGUCCAGAUCGACUCAGAGCUGCAGGAGAAUACAGGACUGCGGGCUGGGAGGCGUAUCUGAAAAGACUCUCACAGGCCAGCUAAUCAAACCUUCAGAGGAGGAGAAACUCGGGUCAUCCACUGCCUAGUCAUUCCAUCUACUUUAUUACCAACCCUCCAUGUUUUUGUACAUUUGGUAAUAAAAAGUGUUUAAACUCUUCGUAAUAAAAGUGUUGUUUAAAAAGGUUA